GGCUGCUGCAUAGUAACCUCACACAGAUGCACGGCUCUCCGUAGGAAGUCCAGCUUCCUCUUUAUAAGAUCCUCUCUGUAUAGCAGCAGACACAAUUUAUUAAAAACUACAGUUUUUGUUGUGGAUACAGAAAAAUGUCAGCAGCUUCAGGAAAAAGUAAUAAUGAGAACAGCAACAGUGAAAAUACAAUUCCAAAAAGAGGAAAUCACAGUGACGUGGAAACCCAUGAUGAGGAUCUGCUUCUGGCUGCAGCCUAUGUUUACGAUGCACAGUAUAACAGAAAUAUCCCUUUUGAAACAUCGUUGCAAGCCGUCAGACUUUAUUACUUUUAUAACCAUUGGAUUAUGCAAGCUGUUACCUACUUCCUUAUCACUGUUGAUCUUUCAUUGGCCUUAUUUGAGGAACCUGCAGUAUACCCACUGCCAUUCCUGGCUACAUCGAUAGUUGAGGUCAUAUGCCUUAUGGGUUUUUUAUGUCGUCUUGUACAUUUCAGUAUGGUCACUCCUCGUAAUGUGUUCUGGAAAGAUACAAAGAACAUAUGUGUAAUGGCUACAGUAACGCUCAAUUUAAUUGAUUUGAUUGUGUAUGCCGCUUUGAGUCUUGCUCAAAUACAAAGUAUUCGAUGGUCGCGAGUACUGAGAACAAUUUAUUUGGUAAAUUUUGCAGAAAGCAGACAGAUACGCAGAGCUUUCCGAAGCAUCAGAAAUACUUUACCAGAGAUCCUGUAUGUCUUCCUCCUGUUUAUAUUCAGUGUUUUGAUGUUCUCUCUAAUGGCCUUGAAACUUUUCGGAAGCAGAAAACUUAAAACUGCUGAAGGAGAACCUUAUUUUCAAAACUACCUUGAUGCUGUGUUUAACCUCUAUGUAUUAGUAACAACUGCUAAUAGCCCAGAUGUCAUGAUGCCAGCGUUUGACUACAACUGGUGGUAUUCCAUUUUUUUCAUAGCCUACAUUAUAAUCAAUACAUACAUAUUUAUGUCAGUCUUUCUGGCAGUUGUCUACAAUAAUUACAGGAAACACCUAAAGAAUGAGAUCCGGAAACUUGCCUAUAUUAAACGUCGCAAAAUGGUGAACGCCUUUAACGCACUAAAGGUUAAGGAAGGCUCAGAAUUUGUCAUUACAGAGAGCAGGUGGAAGCAGUUGGUUAAGCUGGUGGCCCCAGACAUCAGUAACUCACACAGAGAGCUGCUUUUACAAAUAUCUGAUGAUAAUCAUAAAGGCCACGUGGGAAAACAAGCUUUUAUACGCCUGGCUGACCUUUUAAACAUUAAAGUCAUCACCAUGAAAACAAGAAUACAUCCGUUUGAGUGCUGGAUGCCUAUGAUCUACAAAUCUACAGUGAGUCGCUUUAUACGCAAAGUUGUCUGUCACAAGGGAUUUGUUUGGGCCUUUGAUAUCAUCAUCUUGAUUAAUGCUAUUUUGAUUGCGCUGGAUGAGAAAAAUCCAAUGAUAUCUUACGCAGAGUGGGCGUUUCUUGCAUUGUAUAUAGCAGAAGUUCUUCUGAAACUCUACACAUAUGAUCCAAGGACGUUUUUUGCAAAGAACCAAUUUUGGAACUGGUUUGACACGCUCAUCAUUGUUGCUGCUCUAAUUGCUACCCUGGCUAAUUUAGUAUUGAAAUCAGUGAGUCAGUACAACAGCCAGCAGAUCUUAGAUAUUGUUUUCAUCUUGAGGGUUCUCCGCCUAAUAAGGAUAAUUGACAGCAUCCAGAGAUUUCGGGUCAUAAUGAAUACGUUGAUAAACAUCCUGCCAACAAUGCUGACGUUCUGUGGCCUUAUCAUAGCAAUAUACUAUGUUUUUGCAAUAAUUGGAAUGGAAGCCUUCAAUGGCAAAAUUAGGUUCUUCCCGGAGAAUUCUACUGAUCCACUUGCGCAUGUAUGUGGGGCGCCAUCUUUAAAAGACUCUGCCUUUGCCAGGAGCAAAUACUGCAGGAACAACUUCAAUGACAUUGGAUCGGCCUUCAUCGUACUUGUGGAACUAACCGUUGUGAACCAGUGGCAUGUUUUGGCUACUGGGUUUUCUUUGGUAACCCAUCCAGCAGUAAAGAUUUAUUUCCUUGCAUUCCAUGUGGUCGUUGUCAUCAUGAUCGUCAACAUUUUUGUAGCAUUUAUUUUGGAAGCAUUUUUUGUGGAAUAUUCACUGGAAAAGAGUGAAGUUGAAACUGUGAUUGAGAAGAAGAUUCAGGAGCUGGGGAUGGCGGUGCAAGAGGAAGCAACUUCUCCUCAAAACUUACUAAAUAACAUGGAAUACAAUGAAAGUAAUGUGGGAACUUUUGAAGAGGCAAAUGAUAAAGGACUGAAGUUUAGAAUUGCUUCAAAAAGAUACCGGACAGUGGACGCAUUGUUGCAGAGAAUGUUUGAGGCAGAGAUUCCCCCAGAAGACGAAGGUCCCCCAAUGGAGGAAAUAUUAAAUUUGUCCCCCAAUGAUAUUUAUCCACAAAAGCCUACAUUUGACACUGCUGCUUAGUAAUAAAGUUGUGUGAAUUGCUAUGAGACUGGAAUUUAUAGGCUUGAACACCACACCCUGUACAUUCAGAAACUGAUUUCCAUAAGCAAGAAACAAGCUUUAUAAAUCAGGGUUGUAUUUUCUACUAAACAUUCUUAAUGCUAAUCUAUUUUUUUAUUGUUUUUUUUUUUUUACUAAGAAAAAGGGAAAAUACCAAAGAAUAAAGUGUAACUAAAAAGAGUGUAGCCAGUUACAUUCACAAUAAAUGAUUCACUUUUGCCAAAAUGAUCUUUUAACCUGCACUUAACGUACUAAUGUCUAGACACUUCCUUUACACAGGCGACUACUAAUCUUACUUUUUCACCAUUCUCUUACCUAACUUUUCCACAAUAUUUCUAUCACAAUUUAAGCAAUCAACCCUAUUCUAUCAUAUGGCAUCCCCUACCUUGAUUAGACCUUCUGUUUUAAAGAGCAGUUUAAUAUGGCUUUAUGUUGCACUGUUGAUACAGUCAACAAGGAAUUUUUGAAAAAAAUUUGGAAGAGAAAAGGGAAUAGAUUUUUCAAAAAUGAUUUCAUAAAUAAAAAAUGUUAUGUAUGUUUUCAGUGCUGUUAA